GACCGGGCCUCCCUGUGGGCCUGGCUGAGGCGGCGACCAAGCAGGGAUGUGACCGACCGUGGAGAUGCCCCGAGACUGUGUGUUUAUCUGUUUACUUAUUUUUUAAUAUUUUUAUUGAUUUCAGAGAGGAAAAGAGAGAGAGAGAGAGAAACAUCAAUGAGGAGAAUCAUUGAUUGGCAGCCCCAUAUUGGAGGAUGGAGCCCUGACCCGGAAUCACACCCGGGAAGUCCCGGUUCAUAGGUCAAAGUUCACCCCUUGAGACACCUCCCAGCAGGUUGUGUGCUUGGGGUCUGUGUGUGACAGAGACUCUGUGCGCCGGGCCCUGGCGGGGUCUCCGCUGGUUGGAACGGCCUCCCCGACACCAACCGGUUGCAGGUUCGAUCCCGGGUCAGGGCACACGCCUGGGUAGCAGGUUCAGUAUCCGCUCGGGCGGAAAUCGUGUGACCAGCGGUUUAUGGAUAUGUCCCCCGGUGCCUUCUGGGAGCUGGCGUCCGCUAAGGGUCUGCAGAGCCAUCAGGUUGGACGUUCCCUGCAGGUUUGCUGUGAGCCCGGCCUGCGCUGGACACACAUCAUGCAUCGCCUUGGGUAACCUCACCACCACCCUCUGAGACCCAGCUCCCAGGCUCGCUGGCCUGCUCCUGCCCGAUGGCCGUCCCCCAGGCCCCCCUGAGCCCGGUGCCCUGGGAACUGGAUGGCGUCCUGCGGGUGAAGGUGGAGGACGAGGACGCCAGCCUCUCCCAGGUCCAGGCGUGUAGCCUUGGCCACGCGGCCCACCCCGAGGAGGCCGCGCGCCUGUGCUUCCGGCGCUUCUGCUACGAGGAGGCGUCCGACCCACACGAGGCCCUGGCCCAGCUCCGCGAGCUGUGCCGCCAGUGGCUGCGGCCGGAGUUGCACUCCAAGGAGCAGAUGCUGGAGCUGCUGGUGCUGGAGCAGUUCCUGGGCGCGCUGCCCCCCAAGAUCCAGGCCUGGGUGGGGGCCCAGUGCCCCAGGAGCGGCAAGGAGGCCGCCAUGCUGGUGGAGGAUCUGACUCAGGCGCUGGACCGGAAAGGCUGGAAGCCGGGAGCCGAGCCCCCGGGGCCGAGCUGCGAGCACGGCGAUUCGGAGGAGGCAGACGCGGCUGCCCAGGCCCUCGCGGGGGGCGCGUCCCUGGGACACGGCUUUGGUGAGGCCUUUGGACCCCAGGGCAGCUCGGAGAGGAUGGUGGGGCUCCCGGGGGACGUCUGGACCGAGCCCUGCGCCCCGGAGACAGGGUUCAGGGCCGCUCCGGGGCCUCCCGAGGCGGCCCUCAGGGACCAGCCGGGCCGUGACUCCGGGAACGUCCGCAGCGAGUGGUCAGAGGCCACCUGGCCGGAUACGGCCCCCGCCGCGGAGGAGUCCGGCCCUUUGGACGGUGGUGGCGCCGACCCUCUGUGCGCGCUCCCGGGACGGGCGCCCUCCGAGUGCGGGGAGUGCGGCCAGACGUUCUCCAGCGCCCGGGCCCUGGACGCGCACCGGAGGGGCCACUCCCGCAAGACGCCCUACACCUGCAGCGAGUGCGGGAAGGCCUUCGGCCGCAGCACGCACCUGGCCCAGCACCAGGUGGUGCACACGGGCGCGAAGCCGCACGCGUGCCAGGAGUGCGGCCGGGCCUUCAGCCGCGUCACCCACCUGGCGCAGCACCGGCGCAUCCACACCGGGGAGAAGCCCUACGCGUGCGGGGACUGCGGCAAGGCCUUCGGCCGCAGCACGCACCUCGGGCAGCACCCGCGGGUGCACACGGGCGAGCGGCCCUACGCCUGCGCCGCCUGCGGCAAGGCCUUCAGCCAGAGCGCGCACCUGGCGCAGCACCGGCGCGUCCACACCGGGGAGAAGCCCUACGCGUGCGAGGCCUGCGGGCGGCCCUUCGGCGACUACUCGGCGCUGAUCCGGCACCUGCGGGUCCACUCGGGGGAGAAGCCCUACCGCUGCCCGGUCUGCCCCAAGGCCUUUGCGCAGAGCUCCUCGCUGGCCGAGCACCAGCGGGUGCACACAGGGGAGAGGCCCUACCGGUGCGGGGACUGCGGGAAGGCCUUCAGCCGCAGCUCCGCCCUCCUGGCGCACCUGCGGGUCCACGUCCCGGUGCCGAGGUGACCGCCGGGCAGCGGCCUCCUGCGCAACGUGGAGAGGGAGACCCCAAGUGCCCAGGGAGCCAAGAAGAAUGGGGCGGGGCAUCGAGGACGCCCCCGGAAUGUGGAGGUUCGAGGGCAGACUUGGGGCUCUCUGGGAGCAACUCCGCACUGGGGGACCCGGAGAUGCCAAGACGUCCGCUUCCGGAAGGACCCCGCCGCCCUCCGUCCCCGCCAGGCCCGUCUCAGCGGACAGCGCGCCCUGAUGGUGUCGGUCCUCGCAGCCAGGGCAGCGGUGGCGCCUGUCAGGACUCGGUCCCAGGACGACGGGCUGGGCUGGGCCCCAGGUUCACACUCGGGGCCCUCGCCUGCCGAGCCCGGGGGACACGGCCCACGCUGCCUCUGUGCCUUUCGUUCUUUAUUAUUUAUUUUUAUUUUUCUGGCUAAUCCUCACUCGAAGUUACUUUUUUUCAUUGAUUUUUAGAGUGGAAGGGUAGGAGGGAGGGAGAGACACGGACUGGUUGCCUGCCACACACGCCCAGGCCAGGGCCAGGGAAGAACCUGCAACCCAGGGACGUGCCCUUGACGGGGAGUCGAACCCUCGGGUGGAAGGGCCAGCGCUCUAACCAUUGAGGACACCAGCCAGGGCUGUGCCUUUCCACCGGCUGCGCCUCCAACUUCUUCGUGCCCCAAGCCCAGCCCGGCUGGGGCGUCCGCCUCUGCUGUGAGGCUCCCAAACACGCUCCCUCGUGCUCCCACCGUUGCUGGGAGAGCUGCUGACACCCCCCGAGCGGCAUUCGUUUGUGCUCCUGCCCCUCCUUCCACUUCCCACCAGCCAUCGGGCCUGUGCGUUCUACCUACACUCACCGCGGCUUUGCUUUCUCCACCAUCGGGACCUCGUGUGCGGCUCAUGUGGGUUCCAGCAGGGCCCCCUCCUGCCUUCGCCACUCCGGCCUCCAGGCCGCUCCCUCCACUCCCUGCAUCUGAUCUUGUUCUGGGUGAUGGAGAGCUGUCUGAUGCCUCACCUUCUACCGCAGAGCUUCCUGGACGGGAUGCGGGUUUGCCAAGACAGGAGUCACUCUGGGCCAAACAGCCUCACCCUCAGGUGCACCCGGAUGUGGUCCCCUUUCCGUGAGGGCGCCGUGACAUGAAACGGUUUCAAAGUCCUGCCCUCGGGGAUGAAGCCCAAACCCCUGUGCCUGCCCUUCGUGAUGCGGCCCCACGGGCCACGGGGAACGACUCGCAGUUCUUAAGCCA